CAGCAUGGUGGAGAAGCGCGGCCCGCUGCAGAGGGACGGCGUGUACCGCUGGUUCUCCGAGCUGCCGUCGCCGCAGCGCGUGGAGUUCCUGUGCGGCCUGCUGGACCUGUGCAUCCCGCUGGAGCUGCGCUUCCUCGGCUCGUGCCUGGAGGACCUGGCGCGCAAGGACUACCACUCUCUGCGCGACUCGGAGAUCAAGGCCAACAACCCGGCCGACCUGGGCAGCCUCACCAACCUGACGGACGAGGUGGUGCGCAGCAAGCUGCUGGUGUCGCUGGCGCUGCUGGGCUCGGAGCAGCGCGAGGCGGCGGGCGUCCUGUACCGCACGCUCACGCACACCGACUCCAUCAUCCACAACUACGGACUGCAGCUCAACGAGGGCCGCACGGGCGAUGAGUUCCUGCUGCUGUUCACCAUGGCGUCCAACCACCCGGCCUUCAGCUUCCACCAGAAGCAGGUGCUGCGCCAGGAGCUCACGCAGAUCCAGAGCAGCCUGAGCGGCGGCGGCGGCGGCGGCGGCGGGGGGCCCGGGGGCAAGAGCGCACCGGCGCCGGGCGGUGCGGUGCUCACCUGCCCGGCCUGCCACAAGGUGGCGCCCAGAACAGAGGCCCCCGUCAUCAGCAUCAGCAACAGUCUGGAGAACGCACUACACACAUCAGCGCAUUCCACCGAGGAGUCCCUGCCCAAGAGGCCUUUGGGAAAGCAUGGCAAAGUGAGUGUUGAAAAGAUAGACCUGAAGGGGCUAUCACACACCAAGAGUGACCGAAGCAUCGAGUGCUCCUUCGAGGUCUUCUGGUCUGAUUCUUCAGUAACAUCAGUGACCAAGUCUUCCUCAGAAGUGACUGAAUUUAUUUCAAAGCUCUGCCAGCUCUGCCCUGAGGAGAACUUGGACAAGCUCCUUCCUUGCUUGGCUGGCCCAGAUUCCUUCUAUGUGGAGCGGAACCACAUGGAUCUGGAAGCAGGCCUGAGGUACCUGGCCUCCAUACCUUCCCACGUCCUGAAACAUGACCAUGUCAGGAAGUUUUUCAGCACUUCGUCUCCUGUCCAACAGCUUCAAAGUCCAAGUCCUGGUAACCCUUCCCCUCCUAAAGUCAGUACGAUGAUGGGCGUGUCUGGAAGGCCUGUGUGUGGAGUGGCCGGCAUCCCAUCCUCACAGAGCAACGCCCAGCACCACCUGCAGCACUCGGCCAGUACUGCCACUCCCCUGCCCCACUGCUCUCACGCGGGGGGUGCGGGCUCAGCGCUGGCUUACCGGACCCAGGUGGACGCCUCGCCAGCCAUCCUGAUGCCCUCUAGUCUGCAGGCCCCUCAGCCCCAGGAGCAGAAUGGGAUUCUAGACUGGCUUAGGAAGCUGCGUUUGCACAAAUAUUACCCCGUCUUUAAACAGCUAACCAUGGAGAAGUUUUUGAGCCUUACUGAAGAAGAUCUGAAUAAAUUUGAGUCCCUCACCAUGGGUGCAAAGAAAAAGCUCAAGACUCAGUUGGAGCUGGAAAAGGAGAAGUCGGAGAGACGGUGCCUGAACGCCUCAGCCCCAUCCUUAGUCAGCAGCAGUGGAGUGGCCCGAGUCCCCCCAACCAGCCACGUGGGGCCUGUGCAGCCCGGGCGCAGCAGCCAUGCUGCAGAGCUGCGGGUGGAGGUGGAGCCCCCGGCUCACCAGCUUCCCCGGGAAGGCAGCUCCUCCGAGUACUCCAGCUCCUCCUCCAGCCCCAUGGGCGUGCAGGUACGAGAGGAGAGCUCAGACAGCGCCGAGGAGAACGACAGACGUGUGGACAUGCAUGUGGAGGGUGCGGAUAAGGAGAAGCCGGUGAUGCUGCUGACUCACUUCCCAUCCGGCUCUGCCAGACCCACCGCUCAGGUUCUUCCUGUGCAGAACGAGGCAGGCUCCAGCCCUGCAGGCCACCACCCCUUGCCCCCACAGUUGAUGCCUGCAGCCUCUCACCUGGCCCCUGUGCGCAUGCUGAGCUCCGCACAUAAGUCGGACAGAGGCGGUGCAGACACGAAGCUCCUGUCGUCGUCCGUGCACUCACUUUUGUCCCUGGAAGAGAGGAGCAAGGGGCCUGGCCCCAGGAGCGGCACUAAAGUGGACAAGGGCUUCGGUGGGGCUGUGCUGGACACAUUGUCCUCCACGGCACCACACCCUCCAGUGCAGGCCCUCUCAGGCCUCGCAGAAAACAGCUCUGUGUCACCCACAGUCUCCUUUGGGCCCCGGGCCAAAGUCGUACAUGCAGCCACACUGGACAGGGUACUGAAGACGGCACAGCAGCCGGCCCUGGCCGUGGAGACCAGCUCAGCCGUCACAGGGACACCGAGCACUGUCUUGCACGUGGCCCGGCCACCCAUCAAGCUGCUGCUGUCCUCCUCCGUCCCUGCGGAUGCUGCCAUCUCUGGGCAGACUUCCUGCCCGAACAGUGGGCCCAUCAGUGUGCCCCCCGCAAUAAUCAACCCCCGGACUGCUCUGUACACAGCCAACACCAAAGUUGCCUUCUCUGCAGUGAGCAGCGUGCCCGUGGGGCCGCUGCAGGCCAGCUUCUGCGCCAGCAGCAGCACUGCCUCCCCCAGCAGCCACCCCGCCACGUCUUUUGCGAGUAUGGCCUCGCUGCCCAGCUGCCCGGCCCCCAGCUCCAGCCCCGCCCUCUCCUCGGUCCCCGAAAGCAGCUUCUACAGUGGUGGUACUGGCAGCAGCUCCACAGGCAACAUUCCCGCCUCCGGUCAGAGCCACCACCACCACCACCACCACCCGCAGCCCCCCGCGCCCCCACAGCCUGCGCCGCCCCCACCUGGCUGCAUCGUGUGCACAUCCUGUGGGUGCAGCGGCAGCUGUGGCUCCAGCGGCCUGACCGUCAGCUACGCCAACUACUUCCAGCACCCGUUCUCUGGGCCGUCCAUGUUUACCUUCCCCUUCCUGCCCUUCAGCCCCAUGUGCAGCAAUGGCUACGUCAGUACCCAGCAGUAUGGCGGCGGCUCUGCCUUUCCUGUCGUGCAUGCCCCCUACAGCGGCAGCGUGACUCCAGACCCUGUCCUGGGUGGGCAGUCCACAUUUGCAGUGCCACCAAUGCAGAACUUCAUGGCUGGCACAGCAGGGGUGUACCAAGCCCAAGGCCUGGUGGGCGGCACCAAUGGUUCCAGUCACAAGAAGAGCGGGAAUCUGUCCUGUUACAACUGCGGGGCUACUGGCCACCGCGCCCAGGACUGCAAGCAGCCGUCCAUGGACUUCAACCGGCAAGGAACGUUCAGGUUGAAAUAUGCCCCUCCUGCAGAAAGUCUGGACUCCACAGACUGAUGCUUUUCUCUGGCAACAGAACCUUGUUAAGCCAUGGAGGCCUAGGGAAGUCACACAGGACUGACUGGGUCGUGCUGUGGAGCUCACUAUUCUUAACCCAAAGGUGCUUUACUCCACUAGACUGGAUAGAGGAUCCAGCAUAGAUGUGCAUCAGACUCGAUUUUAUUGCCAAAAUCCUAGUUUGGAGCUUGACGUCAGGACUUGCCUAGAGAAGACUUCCACAGCAGGUGACUUGACCCUCACACCCUGCUGCAGCAUGGAGACCUCUGUCUGCCGCAGCAUCGCAUCUCGAAGCAUUGCGUUGCUGGGCCUUCUAGACUCACACAAUUCCGGGGCAGCUACGCAUGACCUGAGUCGAGACUGCAGGUCGGAGCUCUCUCAAGUGGUGUUCCCCCCAGUCGGAUCCAAGACACCCCUGGGCUAGGAAAACGUCAUCUUGGUUUUGUUCUGUUUUGCUAAAGUGAUAAGGCACUGAUCUCUGGGAUUCUUAGGAUUGCACUAUAGAAGACCUCUGCAGUCUGGGAGGCAGACUCGGCCGAGACCUGAGCACAAAAGCCUCCAGCCACAGGCGUCUGGGGUGGGCAUCAGCAGGCUGCUGGGCUUAGUACAUGACAGACACGUGCAGGCAGUUCCAGGGUUUUAAUGCUUUUUUUUUUUUUUUUUUCCUGAAAACAAAUUCCCACUCUGUUAAUAAAUAGAACUAGUUCACUCUCAACAACUUUGUUUCUAAGGGUCCAAGUCCCAGGUAAGCCAGUCGCUGAGGGUUGAGAUCACAACCCCACCUGUUGGUGGCUCAGAGCCUGUUCUCUCCACCAAGAACCAGCUCCCCAAACACAGGAACCACGACUUUGUGAGUUGGCGGAUACUCUGUCCUUCAGGAAGCUGGCUGUCACGAAUCACACAGCUUCCCCGGGAUCCUACCCCAGAGCUUACUGCUGACGGAGUCACCCUCGAGACAGACGGUUCAACAGUAAUACAGUCCUGUGACUUUCUCCUGUCAGUGUCCUCUGUAUUAGGCUCUGUAUUGAUAGUUAAUUCCGUUAAAAUUGCCUGGAAAACUCCAGUAGAGAGACGCAAGGCCUGGGGAGCACUCGCCAGACACAGCCCAGGCCUGGGAGGCCUCACUCUGCAGAGGAUUCAGUCCUCACUGGGGCUUCUACACUUCAGGCCACCAGAACAAAAGCAUUUUCAUCUGAAAUUUGGGGACUUAGCCCUUCAAGGUUAAAGGGAAUUUUCUGCUCAGAUAACGUUAUUUAAAAUGCUGAAGGCUUCACUAUUAAAAUGCUGAUUGGUACUGAACGUCUUGCCAAGGAUUUUCCAGUUGCGUAUUUAUGGAGAAGAAAAUCACAGUAGUCAGACCAUCCUCCAGCUGGGACUGAAUUGUGUAAAUCGAAAACUAGCCUAGCGUCGGAGGCAUUGUGGUGCAAGGCUUCAGACUCUGCGGUCGGUUUCCUGACUUGGUGGGAACAAAGACAGCUGCUACACGUUCAUGGCGGGUUAGGGGAGUUCUGUCGUGUUGUGUGGUAGUUCUCAUCUCUAUGCAAUGCAGAACUGACAGACCUGUGUUCUCUGCUCAGUAUCACGUCCAGGUCUGAGGUGAUGGUGACGUGAGCUGCAGCCGCAGCUGGGGUGUUCUGUUAUCUUUUACUUACAAACACUACAAAUGUCACGUAACAAGAACUGACACAACUUUGCCUUAAAGAGUACCAGACUGGAAUUUGUCGUUUAUGUUAAUAAGGAAGACUUAGAGUGUUCAUUGAUGUUUACGAUUUUAAUAUUUCUGAAGCCCGUUACAGGGGCCUGGAUAUGU